UGCUGGGCCGGUGGGGUGGGACCCAUCCGACGACCCGCUCCCCACUUGCGAAGCCUCGUUGCCUGCCUUCCCUUCACCUUCGCCUCCACUCCAUCCAUUUCCUUCUGAUUUCUCCAACGCAACGACCAUCACCGUUGCGUCCUUGGCCGACCCCCGGUCUCCGCCUCUCCUCGCCGCGCCGCUCGGCUCGCGUCGCCGAUGGCCACGGCAGCGGUGGCGAUCCACCAGUUCGCCGAGUGCAUCACCUGCCACGCAUGGAGCCCCGACCAGUCCAGUCUUCUAUCUGCUUAUUGAUACACCAUAACUUUGUUUAUACCAGAAGACCACUAGCUCCUGUUCUUCUUGAGACUGUGACUGCCUUUUGUCCAAACAACAAUGAAGUGCAUAUUUAUAAAUUUUUCACAGACAAGUGGGAGAAACUUCAUGUUCUUUCAAAGCACGAUCAAAUAGUGUCUGGGAUAGAUUGGAGUAGAUCAUCCAACAAAAUUGUAACAGUUUCACACGAUAGGAACUCAUAUGUUUGGACACUGGAAGGACCUGAUUGGGUACCCACCCUCGUUAUUCUCAAGCUAAAUCGUGCAGCUUUAUGUGUCCAAUGGAGCCCAAAAGAAAAUAAGUUUGCUGUGGGAAGUGGUGCUAAGUCUGUGUGCAUUUGCUACUAUGAACAAGAAAACAACUGGUGGAUUAGCAAGGUUAUUAGGAAAAGGCAUGAAUCUUCUGUUACUAAUGUCGCAUGGCAUCCAAAUAAUAUACAUCUUGCAACAACAUCUACUGAUGGUAAAUGCAGAAUAUUCUCCACUUUCAUCAAGGGUGUGGAUACAAGGGGAUCGCAAGCGAGCACUUCCUCCGAUUGGAAAUUUGGGGAGCAAAUUGCGCAGCUUGAUCUGUCAUCUACUUGGGCAUUUGGCGUAAGGUGGUCACCAAGUGGAAAAACAUUGGCAUAUACAGGGCACAAUUCCAUGGUUUAUUUCAUUGAUGAUGUUGAAUCUUCUCCUGCCGCACAAAAUUUGGUGCUGCGUGAUCUGCCUCUCCGUGAUAUUCUUUUUGUCUCUGAGCACAUGGUGAUUGGUGUCGGCUUUGACUGCAACCCUAUGAUCUUUGCUGCAGAUGAGACUGGACUUUGGAGUUUUGUAAGAUACUUGGAUGAAAGGAAAGCUACUCCAUCGACUUCAAAAGCCUCGCAGCUCUCUGAAGCCCUUGUAAAGCUAUAUGGUCAAACAAAGCAAGGGACAAGUAGUGACACUGUUGAACCAUCAAAACCUCGCGGUGGUGCUCAUGAGAACUGCAUAACUUGCAUCGUACCGUUGAGAACAGGAAGCGACAAUGCUAUCAAACGUUUCAGCACAUCAGGACUGGAUGGUAAGAUUGUGGUAUGGGAUUUGGAAAAUCACAUCAAUAUGACAAAGUAGCUUCAAUGAAGGAUUCAAUGAUCAAAUUGGAUGAAAUUCUGUCGUUACACAUUGGACCAUUCUUGGCAGCAGGCCCUGCAGGUUUUCAAGGUCAAGGGCCAGGUAGAUUGCUUGUUUUGUUGUACCUGUACACAAACUGUUUCUUUAGCAAGCUCUUUAGCAUAGGUGCAGUUUGCAUCUAUCAAUUGGCUUCAUUUUUGGGGAGUCAUUUGGUCUUUUGAAUUCAUAUUGUGUAACACCUGUAUAAUUCUAGCUAGGUAGGCAAUGACAUGAUUCGACAUUUCCCAGC